AUGUCGUCGCUCAAUGAAAUCCGGGGCCGAUUGGCCCUCAUCACCGGCGCAUCGGGAGGGAUUGGAGCAGCUUGCGCAGAACAGUUGGCUGCACGUGGAGUCCACCUCGCGCUCACCUACGCGACAAACUUGGACGCGAUGAAUAAGAUCGUCGCUGAUAUACAGUCCAAGUAUGCCGAGAAUAAACUGCGAAUUUCAAUUCACCAGGUCGAUGUCGGCUCCGCUGAUCAGAUCGAGGCGAUGUUUCAACAAAUCGAUGGGGAGCAUGGUCAACGGCCUGAUAUCUUGAUCUCGAAUGCGGGGUAUGGAAAGCGGUUCCCCAACGUGUGGGAUAUUACGCUGGAGGAGUUUGAUUACACGCUGAAUAUCAACCUGCGUGCAUCUUUCAUUCUUGUCAAGGGUGUCGUUGAGCAUAUGAAGAGUCAACGAUGGGGUCGAAUUGUGUUUAUGUCUUCGAUCGCUGCGUCUGGGGGUGGAAUUAAUGGAUGUCAUUACGCUGCGUCCAAGGGUGGUCUUACUGGUAUGAUGAAGAACCUCUCUACUCGUCUUGCCGAACACAAUAUCAGUGUCAACGAUGUCGCUCCCGCUAUGAUUGGCGAAACGGGCAUGAUUCCCAAUGCUGCAGCGAUCCCCGAGGUGGCUGCUGGAAUUCCAAUAGGUCGUCUGGGUACUGUGGAGGAGACGGCUAAUGUUGUUACGAUGCUCGUGACCACAGGGUACAUGACAGGUCAGAGUCUUCUACUGGCCGGGGGAUUGAAAUAA